AGUGACUUAUACCAACCUUUUUUUCCUGAUACAGGAGCGUCAAGAUGGGCGCCAAACUGGGCAACAUCCGGCACCGGCAUACUGAGGUAAGACAGAUGGAAAUAUAAAGUCUUUGUUUCAUGCCUGACGAUUAGAGUCCUUGCCACCAGAUAUAAAGGGGAACUGUCACUGCAAAAGAGAAAAUCCUCAGCUUACAAGAAAUAUUUUGCAAACCUGUUUGACAAACAUUACUGUUACAUUUUUCAGAUGUUCUUCACAAAUAUCACAUAAAAAAUGUUCAAUAUUCAUUAAAAAGUUUGGGAGGAUUUCAAUUGCUUAAUCAUUUUUUUCUUGAUUUUGUUCCCUAUUCUCUAUAGACUGUUGACAUCAAUCAGUCUUUUGAUGCUUGUGAGCCCUGGGUGAGUAUUUGCUUUUCAGGUAUGAAGCAGGAGCUGCUGAGAGACAUCCGGAAGGAGAUGAGGAUAGCAGCAGGGGCGCAAAAGCUGUACCUUGUCACCAAGGACAGACAGACCAAAGCCCAAGUGAAGGAGCUGAGGAACAUCAGUGAGAGGAAGGUGAAAGCCCUUUUCUCCUCUCUCCACAAGCUCAAUGUGCAGCUAGCUCAGAGGGAAGCAGAGAAUUCUCCAGAUGCAGUUCUGGAGACUACAAGGGACACCGAUGUCAACUUCCCUGCACCAGAGAUCACUGCGCCUGAGGUUCAGGUCAUUUCAGACCCCGCCAUCGAUUCAUCACAACAUCAACAUGAAGAAUCAUCUGAGGAACCUGUUCCAGAGAUAGAACAGCCGCCUGAAGAACCAUCUGACAGGGACUUACCUGUAGAAGAUACAAAUGAGGAGGCUGAGGAAGAGGCAGAAUCUGUUGUUGAAGAAGAUCCAGUGCAACAACAACAACAGAAUGAGGAAGAAAGGUAA